UAUCUCUCUCUCUCUCAUACAUUGAAAACGUUAUUCAGUCACUCUCUCUGCAAUAACAUUAAUGGAAUUCUCUAAGAGAAUUUCUGGGUUUCUUCUCUUCACCAUUUUCCUACAUUUUGUUAGCGACUCUCAGGCGUACAAGUUCUUUGUUGGUGGAAAAGAUGGCUGGGUUUUGAACCCUUCUGAGAAUUUCAAUCACUGGGCUGAAAGAAACAGAUUUCAAAUCAAUGAUACUCUACUUUUCAAGUACAAACAAGGGUCAGACUCCAUUUUGGUGGUGAACAAGGACGAUUACAACUCGUGCAACAUCAAGAAUCCGACAACGUCGUUAACAAACGGCGACUCGGACUUCAAGUUCGACCGGUCCGGUCCGUUCUUCUUCAUCAGCGGCGAUGCGGAGAAAUGCCAGAAGGGUCAGAAACUCCACGUUGUCGUUUUAGCUGUGAGGAACAAACGACACCAUGCCCCGUCUCCUUCCCCAGCGACGUUGCCUCCAAGUAGUAGCAUUGUACCGACGCCUGCGGCCGAGAGCGAGUCUCCGGAACAAAGAGCUAACCCGUCGGAGAUCGAUGGUCCCGCGCCCGCUCCGACCGAGCAUUCGGGUGCUCCGGCGGGUUUUGGCCAUGGUUCAGUGUUGUUUAAUUGGUUGGUUUUUUGUGCUAGUGUUGGAGUGAGUGUGGUUUUUGGUAGCUUUUGUGGGAGUGGUGUAGUAAUUUGA